AUGGCGUUGGAGUUUAGGCCAUUGUCACCGGAGCUAAAGGAUAAAAUUGAGGAGUUGAAGACAGAGAGAAUUCGCAACGAGCAUCUUGUUGAAGCAGAAAGAAGCAGUGGCAGAGAGAUUGAAGCUGAUGUAAAAAGAUGGCAAGAAAGAGUUGAUGAGACCAUGGGAGAAGUAGAAAAACUUUAUGAAGAUCAGACUCAAGCUAAUGUACGGUGUUGGAAAUGGUCUUUUCCUAACUUGAAAUCAAGACAUCAACUUGGUAGAAAAUCAAAGAAAAUGGCAUUCAACGUUGCUGAACUAAAGGAAAAGGGGAAUUUUGAGGGUCGAGUUGGGUAUGUUCGUGCAUCUAGCAUGGCAAGCUUAAUUUUGGCUACUCGAGGCAGUGAAAAGCUUGAGUCAAGAAAUUCAUUGAAGAAGGAGGUUAUGUUGUCUCUAAUAGACCCUAAAGUAAGCAAAGUUGGAAUUUAUGGUUGGCCUGGGGUUGGAAAGACCACUCUAGUCAAAGAUAUUGCCAAACAUGUUAAGGAUGAAAAGCGAUUUGAUGUGGUGGCGAUGGCAACUAUAUCUGAAAUAUUGGAUGUUGAAAAGGUUCAAGACGAGAUAGCAUAUCAAUUUGGCUUCCACUUGGAUGAGAAUACCACAAUUGGAAGAGCCGACCGCCUGUGUAGAAGGAUAAAAAUGGAAAAAAAUGUCCUUAUUAUACUAGAUGAUUUAUGGGAGGAAAUUGAUUUGGACAAGUUAGGAAUUCCCUCUGAGCUGGAUGUUAAGGGUGGCAAAUCAUCAUUGCCUUCUCAACGUUUAGAUAUUUCACAGAAGAAUGAGACUUGUCAAGGUUGCAAAUUAUUGUUGACUUCUAGAAGUUUAGAUAUUUUACAUAAGAAUGAGACUCAAAAGGAUUUUGCUCUUGGAACAAUAAAUGAUACAGAAUCAUGGAGGUUGUUUGAAGAUAUGGUUGGUGAUGCUGUUGAAGAUGGUGACUUGAAAAAGAUAGCAACUCAAGUGGUUGAAAGAUGUGCAGGUUUGCCUGUUAUGAUAGUCUCAAUUGCAAAGUCAUUAAAAUAUAAUAAGAAUACUCACUAUUGGAAAGAUGCCUUGAGCAACUUAAAGCAAGUUGAUAAGGGGGACAUGCGUGAGACUGUUUUUUCAGCUUUUGAAUUUACUUACAAUCGAUUGGAAGAUGAUGAAAUGAAGAAAGUAUUCUUGCUUUGUGGUGUACAUGGACCAUCCCUGUUGGUUAGUGACUUGUUGAAAUAUGUAAUUGGUUUGGGUGUUCUGAAACACACAUAUACUGUUGAAGAUGCAAGAAACCGAUUAUAUAGAAUAAUUCAUGCCUUGAAGGCAUUCUGUUUGUUACUUGAUGAUGAUACAAGUGAGACUGAAGCAAUUAAAAUGCAUGACCUUGUUCGUGAAGUAGCUAUUUCAAUUGCUUAUAAGAAUGAAUAUGUCUUCGUGCUGAAAAGAAAUGGUGACAAGGUGCGAGAUUGGUCGAGCAAGGGUUUUCUCGAAAGAUGUACCCAGAUAAUCUUGACACUAUGUUUUAUCCAAGAACUUCCUCAAAAGUUAGACUGCCCCAAUUUAAAAUUUCUCUACUUAUGUGGCACUGAUAAUUGCACUUUGAAAAUUCCAGACAACUUUUUUGAGGGAAUGGAGAAUCUUGAAGCAUUAGAUUUGACAGGCUUGAUAAUACCUGCACUGCCUAUAUCUCUUCUUUUCUUGACCAAGCUUAAAACAUUGUGUUUGGAUCAAUGUGCUUUGAAAAAUAUGGCCGGAAUAGGUGACUUGACAAAUUUAGAAAUUCUUAGUUUUUGGGGUUCAUACAUAGUGGAGUUCCCGAGUGAAAUAGGACAACUGACUCGUAUAAAAAUGUUGGAUAUGACAAAGUCUAGAAUUAAGAUCAUCCCACCCAACACUUUGUCCAAGUUGACUAACAUAGAGGAACUUUAUAUGGGCAAUGCCUCAAUUAAGUGGGAGGAGGAAAGUCCAGCUAAGCAAAACGAAAGUGCUAGUCUUGCUGAGCUUGGGUGUUUGACAAGCCUGACUACUUUAGAAAUUCAAAUUCCUGAGGCUUGGAUGCUGUCAAGGGAUAUGAUGUUUGAAAAGUUUGAGAGAUAUAAGAUUGUCAUCGGAGAUAAAUGGGAAUGGUCAAGGAGCAAAAGCACCUCAAGGUUGCUAAAGCUAAAGCUUGAUACUAGCAUUCAUUCAGAACAUGGGAUUAAAGCAUUGAUUAAAGAAGUGGAAGAUUUGUACUUAGAUGAAGUCAAUGGAAUUUUCGAUGUGCUUUUUGAUUUGAAUGGAGAAGGAUUUCCUCUACUAAAAUAUCUCCAUAUCCAAAAUAAUGGCCAGGUUCAGCAUAUCAUCAACACAGUGGAGUGGAAUGAAACUCAUGUUUUGUUUCCAAAAUUGGAGACACUAAUACUUCACAAUCUCAAUAAGUUAGUGAAGAUAUGUCAUGGCCCACUUCCCAUUAAUUCCUUUGGCAAACUCACAAUCAUCAAAGUCAAAAGUUGUGAUCAACUGGUAUAUCUCUUUUCUAUCUUAAUGGAGAAAGCUCUUUCUCAACUUGUUGAGCUCCAAGUUUUAGAAUGCAAUUCAAUGAAGAGGAUUGUGUUAAUUGAAACUGAAAAUAGUGGAAUAAGUAGUGAUGAGAAGAUUGAGUUUCAUUCACUACGCUCCUUGAGUCUUUGUCAUUUGCCAGUCAUCCAUGAUUUUUGCUCAAAUGAAAUGACAUCUUUUAUGACAGCCACAUCAUUAUUUAAUGGCACUAAGGUUAGUUUUCCUAGCUUGGAGGCCCUGAAGUUGAGUUCAAUCAAUCUGGAAAAAAUUUGGGAUGAUCAAGCCAAUUGUAUUCAGAAUUUGACUCACUUGAUUGUUGAGGAUUGUAGAGGACUCAAGCAUUUAUUCUCAUCUUUUUCGGUUAGAAGUCUUUCAAAACUCAAACACCUUGAAAUAAGCAAAUGUGAGAUGAUGGAGGAAAUCAUUGCUCCAGAUUGCCUUGCAACACAAGAGGUCCGGUUCACAAAGUUGGAGACCAUGGUAGUUAAAGACAUGGAAAGCUUGAAGAAAGUAUGGCGCCUUCAAUUUGCUAGUUUAAAGAGUCUGGAGGUAAGCAAUUGUGGGAAACUUGUGGAUAUUUUCCCAUCUGAUAUGCUGGGAACGCUUGGAAGCCUUGAGACUUUGACUGUCAGCAGUUGCGGUUCAGUGGAAGAGAUAUUCGAAUCAACCGCCAAAGGAAUCCAUAAUGAAGACGAAAGAGCUACACAACAAGUCUCACAAUUGAAGAAACUCCAUCUAUUUGGCUUGCCAAAGCUGAAACACAUUUGGAGUAGAGAUGCUCAAGCAAACCUUCGUUUUCAUAAUUUGCAACUUGUGUGGGUUGAAUACUGUGAGAACUUGGAAUACCUUUUUCCAUUCUCCAUCGCAAUGCAAGCUACUCAACUAGAACAUAUUAUCAUAAAAUAUUCAGGGAGGAUGAAACAUAUUGUUUCAGGCAACGAAGUGAUCCCCAUGGACAGUCCAGUCAAAUUUGAGUUUAAUCACUUGACCUCUUUGGUGUUUUGGCGUUUAUUGGAACUUGAGGGACUUUAUGCUGGAAAACACAGUUUACUAUGUCCAUUAUUAGGGGCAUUAGAUGUCCGCAUGUGUUUCAAAUUGAAGCUCUUCAAGACACAAGGUACAAGAACCCAAGAUAGAGUUUUCGAUGGUAAACAGCAAAUCUCAAUGCAGCAGCCUCUUUUUACACUUGAAGAGGUGAUUUGCAACUUGGAGGAGUUGACCCUAAAUAGUGAGGAUGCAAGCAUAAUAUUACAAGGACAACUUGCAAGAAAACACUUCAGGAAGCUCAAAAUUCUUUAUUUGGCAAAUUUUGAAGAUGAUCACGCUACUUUUCCCUAUUGGUUUCUCCAAAAUGUAACCACUCUCAAUGAGCUACUUGUUGAAAAGAGUUCUUUUAAGGAGAUAUUCCGAGAAGAAAUACCUAUACAGGACAAAGGAAAUAUUAAGAUCGGAACACGAAUGAAAUCAUUGACACUCAAUCGAUUGGAUGACCUGGAGUAUAUAUGCAAAGAAGGAUUUCAAAUAGACCCAGUUCUUGAAGAGCUUGAAUACUUAGAUGUGGAUCGAUGUUCCAAAUUGAAACACUUAGUGCCUUCCUCUAUUACUUUUAGUCACUUGACAUAUUUGGCAGUGGAAAAUUGCAAUGGAUUGGUUCACUUAAUUACCUCAUCAACUGCAAGAAGUCUAGUCAAAUUAACAACAAUGAAUAUAACGAACUGCAAUUCACUUGAGCAAGUUGUGGUGGCAGAAGAGAGGGAAGGGUCUGAAAAUGAAAUUGCAUUUAACAGCUUACAAAUUUUGGAGCUUGGGUGUCUGCCAAUGAUCAAGAGGUUCUGCUCUAGUAACUCCGUGUUGAACCUUCCAUCACUAGUGAAUGUUGUUGUUAAGCAGUGCCCAAGAAUGAACAUCUUCUCUAUGAAAAGCGCAAGCACCCCAAGUCUUCGAGAAAUACAAUCAAAGGAAGAAGAUGAAAAGAUGUAUUGGGAAGGUGACAUAAACAGAACAAUAAACAGGAUGUUUGUGGAUAUGGUGGCAUUCCAUAGUUUUGAGCAGUUAGAGCUAUCUCAGUAUCCAGAGUUAAGAGAAUCGUGGUACAACCUUGUUCAACAGGGAGUGUUUGUUAAUUUGAGGAAUCUGGUAGUGCAGAAAUGUGAUUUUUUAUCAGAUGUGCUGCUGCCUUUAAAUUUGGUGCAAGCGCUAUCCAACUUAGAGGAACUUCAAGUAAGUGAAUGUGAGUCAUUGGAAGUUGUGUUUGAUCUGACCAACAUGGAUCGAAAGGAAGUCUUUGUUAAGGAGACCAUUCCGCUGAAGAGAAUAACUCUCUCUAGUCUACCUAAGCUCAAACACGUAUGGAAACAGAACUUCCAAGAAACUGUCAGUUUUAGAGAAACAACAGAAGGUCAAAUCCAGCAUCAGCGUCGUGCAUGUUCCAUUCAACAGAAAGAACUCCGUGGUGCUGAACUGUCUUCGGUUGCUGAUGUGGGAGAAAGAAUAGGAAUUGGUUGUGCUGCUGCUUUUUCCGUGUCUUGGCCGUUGCCUGCUGUACGUUUCCCCAGUUUGCAGCUUGUGUGUGUUGAAGACUGUGAGACCAUGGAAUACCUUUUUCCACUCUCUAUUGCAAUGCAAGCUACUCGACUUGAACGCAUUACCAUAAAGAAUGCAAGGAGGAUGAAAUGUACUAUGUCCAUUAUUGAGGGAAUUAGACGUCCGCUAUUGUGUGAAAUUGAAGCUCUUCAAGACUCAAAGUACAAGUGGCGAGAAAGACUUUUUGAUAGUAAACUCCACAUCUCAAUGCAGCAGUCUCUUUUCACACUCGAAGAGGUGAUUUGCAACUUGGAGAGAUUGGCGCUAAAUAGUGAGGAUGCAAGCAUGAUAUUACGAGGGCAAUUUUCAGGGGAACACUUUAGCAAACUCAAAUUUCUUUGUUUGGCAAAUUUUUGCGAUGACCAUGUUAUUUUUCCGUAUUGGUUUCUCCAAAACAUCACCACUCUCGAUGAGCUAGUUGUUGAAUGGAGUUCUUUCAAGGAGAUAUUCCAAGAAGAAAUGUCGAUAGAUGACAAAGGAAAAUUUAAAACUGGAGCACGACUUAAAUUUUUGGAACUCAGUAAUUUACAUGAACUCCAGCAUAUAUGUAAAGAAGGAUUUCAAAUAGACCCAGUUCUUGAGGUACUUGAAACCUUAUAUGUGGAUCAAUGUUCCAAAUUGAAACACUUAGUGCCUUCCUCCGUAACUUUUAGUCAGUUGACAGAUUUGGAAGUGGAAAAUUGCAAUGGAUUGAUUCACUUGAUUACCUCAUCAACCGCAAGAAGUCUGGCCAAAUUAUCAACAUUGAAAAUAAAGAACUGCAAUUCACUUGAGCAAAUUGUGGCUGCAGAAGAGAAGGAGGGGUCUGAAGAUGAAAUUGCAUUCAGCUGCUUACAAAUUUUGGAGCUUGAGUGUCUGCCAAUGAUCAAAAGGUUUUGCUUCUCCAAUUACUUCUUAAAAUUUCCGUUGUUAAAAGAAGUGGUCAUUGAGCAAUGCCCAAGAAUGAACACCUUCUCAGCUGGGAGAGACACAAGCACACCAAAGCUUCGAAAUAUAUCAUCAAAAGAAGAAGAUGGAAACGUGUAUUGGGAAGGUGAUCUGAAUAAGACAAUAAAAAAGAUGUUUACGGACAAGGUGGCAUUUAGUAGGUUCAGUCUUUUGGAAUUUUCUGCAUAUCCAGAACUGAAAGAACUAUGGUAUGGCCAAGAUGGGCCAAAUAUAUUCCGCAAUUUGAAGCAUCUGGUGGUGCGAAAAUGUACCUUCUUGUCCAACGUGAUUUUUUCAUCAAAUUUACUGCGAUUGAUAUAUGCAUUAGAGGAACUGGAAGUAUCAGAGUGUGAUUCAUUAGAAGUGGUAUUUGAUGUAAAUGCAUUGGAUGAGAAAGUAAUAGAAUCAAAGGAAGUUAGUCGGUUGAAGAAAUUAACACUCUCGGGGCUUCCAAAUUUGAAAUGCAUAUGGAACAGAGAAGCAGGAGAAAUAAUCAGCUUUGAAAAUUUACAGAUGGUGAAAGUUGAUAAAUGCCAACACCUGAAAUGUUUGUUUUCGGUCUCACUAUGCCAAGAUUUGAGGCGACUUGAAGAGCUUCACAUUGAGUCUUGUGGUGUUGAGGAAAUUGUUUCAAUUGAAGAAGGAUUAGAGGAACUCAAGUUUGAUUUUCCUCGGUUAACAACUUGA